GAAAGAGAAGCGCUUUGAGAGAGAGAGAGAGAGAGGGAACACAAACAAGGCAGAGAUAGUGUGGUAGGAAAAACAUAAUCAAAAUGGCAUCUUUAUCAGUAUCAGUAUCGGCUGGUCUAAAUCUGUCAAUGUUUAGAGCUUCACUUCCUCUAUCCUCACCUUCCUUAACAUUGUCUUCUGUGCGCAAUUCUAGUUCCUCCUAUAAUCCUUCUCGAAGGCUCGCUCUCUUUCACCUCGGCUCUGCUCUCCCUCAGUCACAGUUACUAGGUGUUCAAUCAUCAAAGUUCCUAAGAGCAGAUGGUAAAACUAUAGAGGCUGCCCAAGAUGGAAAUGUGGCACAAUCAAGCACUACUGUGACCAGGGAAAAUGUGUUAGGGUGGGCUAAAAAUGACAAACGAAGAUUGCUUCAUGUUGUCUACCGUGUUGGGGACUUGGACAAGACUAUCAAAUUCUAUACUGAAUGCUUGGGAAUGAAGCUGUUGAGAAAGCGUGAUAUACCAGAGGAGAGAUACACUAAUGCUUUUCUUGGAUAUGGACCGGAGGAUUCUCAUUUUGUUGUUGAACUUACAUACAAUUAUGGUGUGGACAGAUAUGAUAUUGGUACUGGUUUUGGCCAUUUUGGAGUUGCAGUUGAGGAUGUUGCCAAAACAGUUGAACUCAUAAAGGCAAAGGGAGGGAAAGUUACCAGGGAGCCUGGCCCUGUUAAAGGUGGCAGUACAAUAAUUGCUUUCGUUGAAGAUCCCGAUGGUUAUAAGUUUGAGCUUCUGGAGAGAGGGCCAACACCAGAGCCCCUAUGUCAAGUAAUGCUUCGAGUGGGUGAUCUUGAUCGUGCCAUAAAUUUCUAUAAGAAGGCUUUUGGCAUGGAGCUUCUUCGCCUAAGGGAUAACCCUGACUACAAGUAUACAGUAGCCAUGAUGGGAUACGGGCCAGAAGAUAAGAAUGCAGUUCUUGAACUGACAUAUAACUAUGGUGUCACAGAUUAUGACAAAGGAAAUGGAUAUGCACAGAUUGCAAUAGGCACAGAUGAUGUCUAUAAGACUGCAGAUGCAAUCAAAAUAAACGGAGGGGUGAUUACUCGUGAACCCGGUCCUUUGCCAGGUAUCAACACAAAGAUAACUGCUUGCUUGGACCCUGAUGGCUGGAAAUCGGUUUUUGUUGAUAAUGUUGAUUUUCUUAAGGAGCUAGAGUGAUCAAGGCAUCUUUGUUGCUGCUAGGUCUCUACACUGAAUCUAUGGAAGAUUCAUUACAAUUUUGUCACUAGGAGUAUGACUUCACUCUCUUCCUAGUUAUCCCAAGUACACUUAGAGGAAAUACCUAUAUCCCAAUUCAUAGGUAGGUUACCUUUCGUAUACCAUUGUUAAAGUUUGUUAGAAAACGCCACCUUCAUCAUUCAUAUGUAUACCCAGGAUUAUUAUUUGAAUGUAAUUUUAUGUAAAAGUUUCUGUUACAGCCAUCCAAGUGUUCUUUUUGUCCUAGAAUGAUGUCACACUGGUAUUACAAUUCAACAUGUGCUGGAUUCCCUCGGUCCACAUUUGUUUGUCAUCACUA